AUGUCAUCCCAAAUACAACGCAAUGUUUUCAUCACGUCCAGCAAUCCAGAGCAAUUCAAGAGCAAAUGCAAUCGGCGCACAGUCUCUUCAGUUGCAUCUAAGAUCUGCCGUCCGACCUCAAAGAGAAUAGUGCUUGGUCGGACACUCUAUCGCCCUUUCCUACAACGUGGUGAAGAACGAUCGUCGCCCAAAAGUGAAGGCCAGGACGAGAGCAAAAGUUCCUCUUCCCAGAAUGAUACCGAGCAAGCGCUUACCCGUGUCAUGGAAACCACAUUCUUAAAGGGGUCACCUUUGGGAAGUCCGUUGGUCGAUCCUUUUGAAAGUUAUCCCGUCCAAAUUCGACCAUAUGUCCCCUUCCUUGUGGAUUAUUUCAUCCGAUUCCUGACACCGAGGUUUAGUCCUGCCCUUGCAACCGAGACUAGCAGAUAUCUGGUGUGGUUCAAUGUUUCCAUGCACAAUCCUGAGCUUUUCCAUGUCCUCAUUGCCUUGAGCCAGGCAUACUAUAACAUCGACCAACGGGGGUUUGGCCAGCCACAUACCAUAUCGUUAUACCAUCGCGGCGAGGGUCUGAAGCAAUUGAGGAAGAAAUUUGAAACAGCCAAGGCUGCGGACGACGACGCUUCCAUCCUGGCUGUGCUGUGGCUGAUGGAUGUAGACCAGGCAGCGAAUGGAGAUGGCCAUGCUUUUUCGAUGCAUAAACGAGCGCAGGAGCAUUUUGUAUCCACGCGAGGGGGGAUCCGCAAGCUGCACCCAGAACUACAGGAUGAAUUACUCAAGAGCGAAUUCUUUCUACCCCUUCUUUUAUACGGUAGUUUCGCUUGCGAGUUCACUCGGGGUGAUGUUCUGGUACGCUUCAAGGAGCACGGCCCCGUGAAAGCAUGGCCCGAAAACAAUGCUUCAGCGGUCUUAUCCACCAUUACUGCGAAGCGACUCCUGAUCUCCCCAACGGUGGAUAUUCUGCAGGGCAUUUUUGAACAUGUUUCUCUCGAGCCACGUUAUAUGCGGACGGCAAGCGCUGAUAUCACGGGUUGCGAAGGCCUCACUUCGCAAUCGAUCCCCACCCAGCGCAUCAGUCCGAUGACCGAGAUGUUCAGGGUGCUCCAUCUUACGGACCAAGUCAAGCUCAAAACGUUGGAUCAUCGAAUCAUUCUCGCAUUACUCGUUUACAUUUUCAACCUUCACAAUCAGCCAGGUGCAUUUACUCUAGCGCCAUCUCCGACGGGCACACCAUCAGACAGCAGGGAUAGCUCUCCGAGGAGCUAUCUAGAUAUCCUGUCAGAUGUUGCCCUUGAAAUGACACGUCCGAGCCAUCCAGAAGAUCCCGAUAGGGUGACGGAGCGAGAAGUCACGCUCUGGACCAUGGUUGCUAUCGGAUCGUCCGCGGCCUUCAGUCCGUGGAGGCUGGAGAUUCCCUUCAUGGGCCAUAUGAUUGUGCUGAUGGAGAACGAUGGGAAACAGACAGAACAAGGUUGUGUUUCUGGUGCAGAUCUCGUCGCCUCUACCAGCGGUCCGCGUAGUGAUUGUGGUCAGGUACAUCCGAUGGAACCGUCGAAUCUGGACACGCUCACUCAAUACCUUCGGGGUUAUUACCUCUAUGGUGCAGACAAGGUUCAUUUGGAUAGUUUACCGCGCUGGAAGAAUUGA